AUAAAAAUAUUUUCUUUAGACGGGAAAAUUACGAAUAAUAAUAAAUCCUAUGCACUCAUAAAUAUAAUUUUCACGCCAAUUUAACCAUUUAAAUAAUUUCUCCCGCAGUUUAGAAUAGGUACCUAACUAUUUGUUGACAUCGAAAGUGCUAUCAUCAAAAUUGUGUUCGUUUACUUACAUCUUCAAAAGAUUGUAGACUGAAGAUGCAGUCUGAAGAGAAGCGGAGCCGGCAGAAUGUAGAUCUGGCCUCUUUGGAGCCUUCAGCGAGGGUCAAGCAACUCGCCAACUACGGAGCUAUGGUAGAGGUGGACCCCAAUGUACCACCAAGAAGAUAUUACAGGUCAGGCCUAGAGAUGGUGAGGAUGGCGAACGUGUACCUGGCGGAGGGAAGCCUCGAGAACGCCUACAUUCUCUACAUGAAGUUCAUGACUCUGUUUCUGGAGAAGAUCCGGAAACAUCCGGAAUAUUCCCAAGUUCCUGCACAAGUGAAGGCCGUCAACCAGGCCAAGCUUAAAGAGGUUAUGCCUAAAGCUGAGACGCUGAAGAAAAAGCUAAUAGAAAACUAUACUAAGGAGCAUCUUGCUUAUAUUGAAGAACAGAAAAACAAACACAUAGAGAAUGAGAAGAAGAGGAAACAAGAGCAUGAAGAUGCGAAACUAGCCCAGAGACUGCAAGCGGAUGAGGACAACAGAACCACCACGCCCCAUCUCAGAGAUACGGACAAAUGGGAGUCCCUCCCCCCGUCAGCGCCCCCUAUGGAUGGGGUACUAUACCCUGAUGACUUCGCCUCCACCCCCCCGCGCGCCCCGCCGCACCACUACGCGCCCGGACCGCCGCUCAUACCGCCCUCGAGGCCGAUGCAAGACCUAAUCCCCUCCCCCCGGCACCCCAUGUCGGGUCUCCGGCCGGUGCGCGUGCCCGGCGCCGUGCUCAGCAAGUUCCUGCACAUCGCCGCUACUAACACCAAGAACAAGGUGGAGACUUGCGGCAUACUGGCGGGUAUACUGGAGCGCAACGAGCUGAAGAUCACGCACGUGAUAGUGCCGCAGCAGAGCGGCUCGGCGGACUCGUGCAGCACCAACAACGAGGAGGACAUCUUCAUGUACCAGGACCAGCAUAGCCUCAUCACCCUCGGCUGGAUACAUACGCACCCGACGCAGACGGCAUUCUUAUCCUCAGUGGAUCUCCACACGCAGUGCUCCUACCAGCUCAUGAUGCCCGAGGCUAUAGCCAUCGUCUGCGCGCCCAAAUACAACGAGACGGGUUACUUCGCUCUGACGCCAAACCACGGCAUGCAGUUCAUAGCCAACUGCAGGCAGACCGGCUUCCACCCGCACCCCGAGGACCCGCCACUGUUCUACGAUGUCACUCACAUAAAAGUAGAUCCGGCGGCGACCGUGGAAAUGGUCGAUCUUAGAAGAUGAAUACAGACAAAGGUAUAUAAAUUAUUGUAUUCAACCACGCUUCGAAAGACUACGAAUGCCUUUACUAUUGUACUAAGUUAUAACAUAUUUUCAGACUUCACAGUUCACGGCUUUUUAAUGCAUUUGUAAAUAAUCAAACCAUUCUUCAAUUUAUACUUUUCUAUCGUCAUUAGUAAAGUAAAGUUGGCUAAGAAAUACCUGUCAUGUUACUUCGCAUGAAAUUUUUAAACGGUGAUUAGGGUUAGCUAACCUUAUAGCUAACGUAUAUUU